AUGUCAGGAAAUCCAGAAGAUCAAGAACUCGACAAACAAGUCGAACAAUGGAAGAUCAAGAAGCUCAUCAAGAAUCUUGAAGCUGCUAGAGGAAAUGGUACAUCUAUGAUUUCUUUGAUCAUUCGUCCAGGUGAUCAAAUUACAAAGGUAUCAAAGAUGUUGGCAGAGGAGUUUGGUACAGCAUCCAAUAUCAAGUCUAGAGUGAAUCGUUUGUCGGUACUCGGUGCUAUCACUUCGACUCAACAGCGUUUGAAGUUAUACAAUCGUGUGCCAGACAACGGUUUGGUCAUCUACUGUGGUACCAUCGUCACUUCGGAGGGUAAGGAGAAGAAGGUAAACAUUGACAUCGAGCCAUUCAAGCCAAUCAACACCUCGCUCUACCUGUGUGACAACAAGUUCCACACCGCUCCACUCGGUGAGUUGCUCGAGUCCGACGAGAAGUUUGGUUUCAUCGUCGUCGAUGGUAACGGUGCUCUCUUUGGUGUGCUGUGCGGUAGCACCAGAACCGUCCUCCACAAGAUCACCGUAGAUCUCCCAAAGAAGCAUGGUCGUGGUGGUCAAUCCGCUCUUCGUUUCGCUCGUCUCCGUCUCGAGAAACGUCACAACUACGUUCGUAAAGUAUCCGAGUUGGCAACUCAAUUCUACAUUACCAAUGAUAAAGUCAAUGUAAAUGGUUUGAUUAUUGCUGGUAGUGCAGAUUUCAAGAAUGAUUUGAAUACUUCCGAUAUGUUUGAUCAACGUUUGCGUGACAAGGUGUUGAAGAUUGUCGAUGUUUCCUAUGGUGGUGACAAUGGUUUCAAUCAGGCGAUUGAGUUGUCGGCCGAGGUGUUGACCAACGUCAAGUUUGUCCAAGAGAAGAAGUUGAUCUGCCAGUUCUUUGAUGAGAUUGCUCAGGACACUGGAAAGGUAUGUUUCGGUGUUGCCGAUACUAUCAAGGCGCUCGACUUGGGUGCCGUCAGCACUCUCAUCGUCUGGGAGGCUCUAGAGAUCACCCGUUACGCCAUCAAGCUGCCACACGAGGAGAAGGAGAAGGUUCUCUAUCUCACCAAGGAGCAAGAGCGUGACCAGUCGUUCAUGAAGGACAAGGAGACCGGAAUGGAGUACGACUUGGUCGAAGCGCUUCCAUUGGUCGAGUGGUUCGCCAACAACUACCGUGCAUUCGGAGCACACUUGGAGUUCAUCACCAACCGUUCGCAAGAGGGUUCGCAAUUCUGCAAGGGUUUCGGUGGUAUCGGUGGACUGCUGCGUUACAAGCUCGACUUGGCACAGUUGAACGACUACGACAACAUCGAGGAUGAUACAGAUGAUUUCCAUGAGCAGGUUUGCCCCUCUAUUGUUAUAAACAACACAACAUCAACAACUUCAACAACAACAACAUCAACAAAAUCAACAACAGAAAAUAAAAAGAAUCAAAAAAAUAUCAACCAACAACAACAACAACUCAACAACAUCACGCUUAACAACAGCAACAAAAAAAUAACCAAUGCCACACCUGUAACUUCUAGAAGAGAGACUAGAGGGGCAUAA